CCAUGCGUUGGAUGUAAUCUGUCUUCAUAUACAUGUGGGGAUUGUUUAUUGUUUAGUUCUGUAAAUAUUUAAUUUAUAAAGAAUUGAAUGAGAGCUUUGGUAAGAAAUUGGAAUAUAUUCAAAUACAGAAAUAUAUUUAAAAGAAGACAAUGGAAGUGGAAGAUACUUCAGAAUCUUCACAGACUAGCAACAGUGUUAAAGUCACUGAGACUGUAUGGCAGUUUAUCAAUAAUCCAAUAAAAGUCAUUCUUGCUGAUCUGGGUAACAGUGCUACGGAGCAAACCUUAAUACCAUUGCUGGAAUCUAUUCUCCGAGGCUCAUCGAACUUGGUAAACAUUUUGGUUCCACCCAAAGGCACUGGACCAAAUUAUGAUUUAUUCCAAGAACAAUAUACUGCUUUUACCACCUGGCUUUUUGGAACAAUGUUCUAUAUUAUCGGUUCUCCAGUCAGUGAUGAUGUUCUUCAACUUAGCAUAGAAGUUCAGGCAUGUGUCAUACAUAUUUUGUAUCGCCAUCACCUUGUUAUGUUUCAUAGAAUAACAUCAGAAUACAUGACAAUUCUUGAUGUACUCUUGAAUUUUAAUGAUGACCAAUCGGAGCCAGAACGCAUUGUUGUGUCUCAGUUUAAGCCAAAAAGUGAUGUAACCAUUGAAAAUUUAGACCUUACUCCAUUUUCUGUAGAAAUAUUAAGAAACAGAAUAUCAUCUGCCUUGAUCUCAAUUUUAAAAAUAAUUCUUAAAACCGAUGCAACUCUUUGGGAUCGAUCAAAACUCUGGGAUAAUAUAUUCAGGAUCCUGGGAAAGUCAGCACCAGAGGUCAAAGUCUUUGCAUUAGAUGUAGCUACAGAAAUAGUAAAGUUUUGUAACGAUGGGAACAAGAACCGAAUUAGUUUGAUCAAUUAUACAAUUGAAAUUGCCAAGACGAUUCCAGCCUGGAAGACAUCUGGAGAUUUAUCAACUGAUUCUCUGUCCCAUUUCUCCACAGUUCUGAUAAAAUUCAUUAAUAAUCUCAAUGAAUCUUUGAGCAUAAUGGAUCUUUGUUUUGAGAUUAUCGAUAUGAUUUACUACGAUAAUUUUACUGAAUUAAAGUCUCUCGAAGUGGCAGCCUGUACAAAAAUCAAAGAAUGCUUCUUGAAGUACCCAGUACCCUGUGACAAUAUGAAAAAACGAAAAUUCUUUCAAUACUUGGAAUACAGUUCUAACUUCGCGGGAGUGUUAAUCUACUUUGUUUAUGAAGAAAUAAAAAUUGCUACAAGAACAGUACAAGGAAUGAUGAACUUAUCAGAACUUAGUGAUUUAUGGAAUGCCUUGAAGAAGUUCCUAAUGUUGAACGUUGAUAUAAGGAAAUUGGACAAAUCCUGCAGCAUUUUGGAAUCAUCCAGACUAUUAGAUUCCUGGAUAACAGAAAACAACAUUCGAGUACAACUAUACGGCUCUGAUUUGCAGCGCAUCCUGGAAAACUUCCUGAAUACAUUAUCCAGUGAGAGUAAUCACGCAAAAAAGGCCGUCUUCGAGAACAUGAUGCAUCUGAUGGCUCAUCGAGAAGCCAAUAGACUAAAGAUUCAGGAAGUCUUGGCUCUGCCCUGGACUAAGGAUCUUCCUUCAGUUUUAAAGAUCGACAAGAGUACAUUAGCCGUAGCGAAGUGUUUGAACGUCAGUACCAAGGUCAAGUACAUUGAAAUUCUCUGUGAAUUUGGAACCGGAAAUUGGAGAAUAGAAUUACUACGUACUUGUGUAACUAAUUGUGAAGUGGAACUGGCCGUAGCUGCGAUACAAAACUCAAUACUGCUUAUAAGGGAUCCUCAGAUAAACCUGGAAGAUAUAAACGAGAACAUUUUAAAUUACGCUUUGAAUUCCCAGAAACAAAAACUCCAGGAAGCUCUGGGAAAUGUUCUGGGUCAUGGAGUCUGUUUUUUGUCGGGAAGAGCUCGUAUAGCGAAGCAGUCUCAACACGAUACACAGUGGACAAUCGUCUGCAAGGAUUGUGAUAAAAAAGCCAGCAAUGUUACUGGAAAAUUCGCUAAAGUUCAAAACAGCUGUGACAGACUUCUCCAACCAUAUUUCAAAUUGCUGACUUCAAACUUCACUGAAGUGCGUCUGUGCAUGUCGAGGAACUUUCUAAGAUUUUCCAAUCACGCGAAAUCUUUCAAUUCCAUUGAAAUAGCCAAUUUGUGGUCCACGUACAUUCAUGACGAUAAUGAUGAGAUUCGCGCGAAUGUUGCAAAAGUGAUAGGAGCAAUAUUUCAGAAUAAAAUAACAUUGUCCUACAUUUUUAAUGAUUUAUAUGAAAAUAUUCAAAUCCAACUAGAAGAUAACAUUCCUAGUGAUCUUGAGGAUUUUGUAGAUUUGAUUAUUGCAAUUAUGAGAGACACCUUAACAAAGGCUUUGGAAUUACCUAACACUGCUAUACAUGAGACACUUCUGGAUACGGCUAGAGAAUUUGUUAGGGUUCCUUGUCACUUGACAGAGAGGCGAACACUUAAUAUAUUCUUGAUAACGAUACUCCAUCCAAAUUCCAGUUCCUUAGCUAUUGCUUUGGCUACGAUGGCUUAUCAGCAAAUUGCAGAAUCUAGAAAAGUCUCUCUCAAGUCUUUAUACGUUCGCUACAAGAAGGACUUUCUUAGACUCAUCAUGAGGAGUGCUGUAUAUAAUUAUAUUGAAUAUUCUUAUAACAUGGCUACUACUCUUCAUCGUCUGGCUAAGUGUAUAGGAUUUCAAGGAUCUCGACAAUUGUUAAGAAAAGAUGGACACCAUGCUGUGUGCUUCUUGUUGCCAUUGAUCGUACAGGAACCGAAAGCCAGUCCACUUCUUCAUGAUAUUGCUGAGCUUAUAACGAUGGAUGAGAAGCAGAUGUUUUCUGAAUACUUUCAAUAUAUCUGCCCUUAUAUACUGUUAAACGAAUCCAGCAUGAUUGGUGCACAGUGUUUCAAAUUAAUUUCUGAGUCUGCUGAAACAAGUAUAGCUGAUUUAACUACUCGAUCCUUCAUGGGUAUAUUCAACGAAUUGUUGCUGAAUUUUCACAAGGACGUAGACAAAGUCAUUGAAUACUUGGAGAUGAUUUCAAAGUUCGAUUUAGAAUGCAAAGGAAGAUUCGAUACCCAGGAAAGCUUGGCGACCUACUUGAGUCCUCGGUUCCAUGGUGUCUUGGUGAAUCUUGAUUUAAAUCUUGGUCCACGUUCAGAUGAAUACACUCAGCAAUCAGCAUUAGUAUCAUUGACUGUACUGAUUCGUUUUAUGGGUCCUAGUCAUAUAACGCCAUUGAGAUAUAAAAUUUUGGCUACUCUACGUACUUCACUUAGUUUCAAACGACCAGGAUUUCGUCGAUUGGCUUGCGAAGCUUGGGAUGCAUUUCUUCACAAUGUCUUUAUUAAAGACCUGGGUCCUCUUCUUUUAACUAUCUGCGUGUCACUUAUAACAUUGCUGGAAAUUUAUCCAGACAAAGUCAACGCAAUGCUGGAAUACCUCAUAGUGCAGAAUAAGCGAUUGAUUGCUGACAAUAUUGCUGAAUUAUUCUUCAUCGAUGACAUUAAAACUACUGAGAAUAUCUCACAGAUUGUGAGGAAUCUUUCGAAGAAAGCCAUACCCAGCAGCAUGGAAGACAACUUGAAAUUAUGGCUCAAAAGGAUAACGCACGAGACUGAGGAAGUCCGUUUGAAAGCUUUAAUACAUUUGCAAAAAUUUUUAUCAGAGCAUCGCACAGGCAUCAAUGAAUUAAUUCUCAAUGACACAGACGUGCAUCCUCUGAUCGUCGAGCUGCUAGAUCACCUGCUAGCCGGAUGUCAGGACAAGAAUGAAAAUAUCCGUCUAGCAUAUGGAGAAUGUAUUGGCGAACUUGGUGCAGUGGAGCCUAGUUUACUUCCACGUCGAAUCGUUUCUAGAGCUGAUAGUAAAUUCAUAGUUGAUAUGGAUGAAGAAUUUGCCUGUGCUACGUUAUUUGAGCUGGUUCGAGCCUUUCAGGCGCAGAAAAGUACACAGAGCAUGGACUGUUUCUCACUGGCCAUUCAAGAAAUUUUAAAAACCUAUGGAAUCUCACCGCAUGGUAACAAUAAGUACAAAUGGCGGAGUCUUCCAGUAACAAUGCAGCAGAUGAUUACACCCUUUUUGACAUCCCAUUAUAAGAUUACAACUGGUAGCGAAAAUAUUCAACAACCACAUCCCAUCUACGGAUCUGAAGCUGGCUCGACUUUUGAAAAAUGGGCUUACAAUUGGGUAUGCAGUAUGUGUGACAGUGUACGGCAGAUUGAAUUGGCAAACAUAAUAAAUGCAUGUAGACCUGCAUUUCGUCGGGAUAUCAAGACUUUGAUAUUUUGUAUGCCUUAUAUAAUUUGUCAUAUCGUGGCUAAUGGAACGGAAAAUGAACGCAAAAAACUGACUGAGGAAAUGAUGGCUGUGAUCAGUGGUAAAGAGUUUAAUAAGCUAGAUCAAGAACUUCUUCGAAGAAGACCCCUUAGACAUAAAUACGUCAUGGAAUCUGGUGCCACCAGGAUAUCAGAUGAAGCCAGACGUGUUCGUUGUUCUCAAGUUGUCUUUUCAAUUUUGGAUCACCUGCAACGUUGGCUCAGAGAACGUAGAAUGUACAAAAACUCAAAAUUCGCAACGAUUAAAGAUUUUUGCAACAAGCUCGAUAGCUUAGUACUAGCUGAAGGAUGUUAUCAAUCACAUGAGUAUCAUCGUGCUCUGAUUUACUUGGAACAGCACAUGACCAAAAAUAGCAAAGGAUUGUCGGAAAUAAAAGAACGUGGUUUGCUAGCAAAAAUCUAUGCCCAACUAGAGGAUCUGGACGGUGUUUCCGGUAUCCUCGCGACGCAAGAUCAGUCGCCUACGCUUCAGCAACUUGUUCUGGCGCAUGAAAUUAGUGGGCAAUUGCAGGAUGCUGCCAUGUGCUAUGAGAAACUAGCACAGGAGAAGAAUCUGAAGCCCGCCUAUCUUCAGGGAAUGGUCCAGUGUUAUCUUGAUCUUGAUCAACCAUUUACUGCAAUGAAUAUCACAGAGGGUGUUCUAAAUAGCAGACCAGAAUUAGAGAUUCUUAUGGUGGAGCAUGAAUCCUUUUGGCGCCUUGCGCACUUUUCCCGUUUGGACGAUGCCAAGCAGAAAACAGUGAAGUGUUCAUUGCUUAAAAACUUGAAGUCCGGAGUCAAGCCUAAUUUGCAGAAUCUCAAGAAGAAGCUCGUAUCUCUGAUAGGUGCAACUUCACAUCAAGGGGCCUAUCAGCAGAGUUAUUCGUACAUAACAAAACUUCACAUCUUAAACGAGUUUGAAAAGGCCACGGAGAUGAUGUUGGAGAACGUGGAGAAUCUCCCAGCGAUAUUCGAGGAGUGGGAGAAACGAAGUCAACUGAUACACGCAUCUCGGGGCGUCGAAUUUGUCCUAGGGAUGCGUCGUGCCAGUUUAGAUCUUGCCGUGCAAUUACACCAGGAGUCCUCACAGUCGGUGAGGUCAACUUUACGCGAGGAAAUUGGAAAGAUCUGGUUAAAGAGUGCAAAAAUUGCAAGAAAGGCUGGUCUAUAUCAACAAGCUUAUACUUAUAUACUUUCUGCCAUGGAGUCUUGUCCACCUCAGGAAUUGUACAUAGAGCAGGCUCAACUUUAUUGGCAAAAAGGCUGCCAGGAAGAAGCCUUUACGACAUUGAAGCGCUGCUUUGCCAGUUGCUUUCAGCCGGUUGGUCAUUACAAAGAAUUACCAUCUGGUACUAGUAUUGAGGAACGUCGUCAGUGUGCCAAGGCUAAGUUACUUUUCGCCAAGUACAAUGAUGAGACUUUAAACGUUGACACUGAUGGCAACAUUGCGAAUUACAAGGAGGUCGUCGAAGUCUGGCGUGGUUGGGAAAAAGGUCUUCUCUGUUGUGCUCUGUAUUUCGAAACUAUAGUUGAUAAAAUGACUGACGAGGAAAAGGACAUAAAGGGCCGUGACUUGCAGAUACAUAUGAUGAAUAACUAUGGAAAGUCACUUCAAUAUGGAUGCAAAUAUGUGCAUCAGUCUAUCCCCAGGAUGUUAACCAUAUGGUUAGAUUAUGGUUCACGCGCUCAGACUCACAGUUCAACAAUGAAGUCACGCCUAGACACACUUCUGAAGAUGACAAGGAUUAUGGACGUUUACUUUGACAGAUUGCCUGCGUUCAUAUGGCUCACAGCAUUCAGUCAACUUGUCUCCAGGAUUUGUCAUCCUGCCAAAGAAGUUCAGAACACACUGUGUUUCAUACUGGUGAAACUGAUAGUUGCUUAUCCUCAACAUUGCUUGUGGAUGAUGGCUUCCGUCUUCAAGUCAUCGUAUCCUAUGCGCCAAAGAAGAUGUCAAGAAAUUUUGAAUCAUCCAAAGCUGAAGACACCAGAACUCUACAAGCUUGUUCAAGAUUUUGACAAACUUUGGGAAAGACUUAUCGAGCUCUCCAACAAGAAUAUACCUGAAGGUACCAAUACAGCAUCUAUUACUACCUUAUCUAAAACUUUGCCAAGGCUAUUGGCUGGUCCGAAUUACAGUGCCAUAAUGAUGCCUACGACAAAGUUUCGACAACUUCAUCUACCCAUUAAGGGUACGUCUUUCGAAAAGCAUAAUCCAUUUCCUAUCCAAUGGGUUCAUAUUACUGGUAUCGAAGACACUGUCACAGUAAUGGCUUCGCUGCAGAAACCAAAAAGAAUCAGUCUAAGAGGAUCCGAUGGUCAAUUAUACUUAUUUAUGUGCAAACCAACCGAUGACUUACGUAGGGACUUCAGAUUAAUGGAGUUUAAUGAUAUUGUCAAUAAGUACCUGCAAAAAGAUCCAGAAUCACGUCGUAGAAGGCUUUACAUUCGCACCUAUAGUGUCGUACCAUUAAAUGAGGAAUGCGGUCUGAUAGAAUGGGUACAAAACUUGAUUGGCUUUCGACCAAUAGUUAUGGAAAUGUAUAAGGAACUUGGAGUUGGGAUGAAUCAUAAAGAAUUGAAGAGUACACUUUGCCGUCUAAAGGAUUCUCUCGAAGAUAAAAGAAACGUUUUUGUCAAUAAAUUACUUCCUAGGUAUCCUCCUGUCCUUGGCGAUUGGUUUCGUCUCACGUUUCCAGAUCCUUAUGGAUGGUACGAGGCACGAACAGCUUAUAUAAGGACUACCGCGGUAAUGUCCAUGGUAGGAUAUAUAUUAGGACUGGGUGAUCGUCAUGGUGAGAAUAUACUGUUCGAUUCAAAAUGUGGGGACUGCGUUCACGUGGAUUACAACUGUUUAUUUAAUCGGGGUGAGUACUUCGACUGGCCAGAACGAGUGCCCUUCCGUUUAACGCAAAAUAUGGUAGAUGCUAUGGGUCCUUUGAAAUACGAAGGUCCAUUUAGAAGGUCCUGUCAGACUACAAUGCGCGUCCUGAGGCAGCAAGCUACUACAUUGCUUAGUAUCCUUACUCCAUUCGUUUACGAUCCUUUAGUAACCUGGAAUAAAAAUCAACCAAGCGAGGCUGGUGAGAAAACUAAUGAGAAGGCUGUGGAGAAUAUAAAAAACAUAGAACAACGUCUUAAGGGUCUUAUACGCUCUCAUGGAAAAAAGUUGGAUAACAUAGCUCUUAAUCUCAGUGUCGAAGGUCAGACAAAUCAUCUUAUAUUGGAAGCAACGAAUGUUGAUAAUCUCUGCCAAAUGUAUUUUGGUUGGGGACCUCACUUGUAA